AUGUCUUCACGGAAAAAAAGUGAGGUUUGGAAUCAUUUUGAAUUAAAUGAAGGAAAUAAUAAAGCUAAAUGCAAUUAUUGUUCAGCUUUAAUAUCCAAGGAAUCCACUGGAAAUUUUACAAGACAUAUACGCUCAAAGCAUAUUGGAAUCCCUAUUAAUAGAGAAAAAAAUACAGAAGUACAUACUAAGUCUGAUCUUCAAACCCUAAAUAUAGAAAAUGACAAACUUGAACCAUCUCAGUACCAACCCGAACAAUCCAAAAAGAAUUCUCUUAAGAGACAAAAUAAAAUAGACAGUUGGACAAUCAAACCAGUUCCUAUCAGUAAAUCUAAACAGUUUGAUGACCAAUUAAUGCGAAUGAUAGUUAAAGAAUACCACCCAUUCUCAAUUGUCGAAGACCCUCAAUUUAAGAAAUUCACUAAGAUGAUAUGUCCAGAUAGUUGGACAUCUAUCACCAAUGAUAACUAUACCGCCAUAACAGAGCAUUGGAUUAUUGAAAAGGAAACUACACUAAUGUUAUCCUCCAACUUAUUAGAAUGUAUUUCUUAUAAUGAACGGCAUACAGCUGAAAACUUAUGUGCCCUUUUGCAGACAAAAUUUGAGGAAUGCGAAAUUGAAAACAAAAUUGUUACUGUGGUUAGUGAUAACGCUGCCAAUAUAGUUGCAUCCAUAAGAAAAGGCAACUGGCGCCAUGUAGGUUGUUUUGCUCAUACAGUUAAUCUCAUUGUUCAAAAAGGUCUUCAAGAAAUAGCACCGAUUAUUUUUAAAAUUAAAAAGGUAGUUGAGUAUUUCAAAAGAAGCUCCCAUGCGCUUGCCAAAUUUAAUCAAAUACAAGAGCAAAUGGGCUUGGUUAAUUUAAAAUUGAAAAUGGAUGUAAGUACUCGAUGGAAUUCCACUCUGGACAUGAUAAGUAGGUUUUGUCAAAGAAAAGAUGCCAUUAUAUCGACAUUAGCUAUUUUGCAGCAAGAACUUACUUUAAGUGCCAUAGACUGGGAAGUAGCAGCAAAUGCAGUUACUAUUCUUCAAAUUUUUAAUGAUGUAACAGUCGAAAUAAGUGCAGAACAAAAUAUUGCUGCAUCAAAAAUAUACUUAUUUAUAAAUUCAAAGGAAAAUGAAAUACGCCAAUCAAGUUACGCUCUUGGAUCCUCGUUUAAAAAAAAUGGAUUUGCUGAUUCCAAUAAAGCAAACAAUGCAAUUGAAAUUUUAAAGGCAAAAGUAAAAAAUCAAAAAGUUCACGACUUAAGACUAAUAGCGUUAGAAAAAGAAAAUCAAAUUGAUAGAGUCCCACAUGAAGAACAACCUUCUAGUUCGUCCAUACUAUGGAAAACAUUUGAUGAAAGAGCCGCUAUCAUUGAGGUAGAUAUUUAUUAA